AACAUCCCUUACCGGGUUGCUUCCCUAACUGAUGCACAACGACGCCGUGAGGAAGACUAGUUAACCUCUUCACGCUUCACGGCGGACGACAAACUCCUCUUUUUUAACCGUUCCCAUGGAGCUCACUCUCCCGGCUGGCAUUCCUAGCUCCUCCACCUUGCGGCGGCUCAGAAUUCGUGCUCAAAGACACACGCCGUUGUCACGGAUUCAAUACUCAGUCUUCCCUGCAACCCCGAGAAGAAUGGACGGACAGUUAUUGACGUCAAAAUCCACAACCCCAUGGGCCGCCGCUCCUAUCGGCGACAGCGGCUCCUCCUCCAUCUCCACCGCUUCGCCGGUAAAGCCAGUUGUAAGCCGAGUUGGAGAAGUGAAGAGGGUCACCAAAGAGACCAAUGUUUCUGUGAAAAUUAACUUGGAUGGUACUGGGGUUGCUGACUCGUCCACGGGAAUCCCAUUUCUCGAUCACAUGUUAGAUCAACUUGCGUCGCAUGGUCUGUUUGACGUACAUGUGAGGGCAACUGGUGACAUUCAUAUUGAUGACCAUCACACCAAUGAAGAUGUUGCUCUUGCUAUUGGAACGGCUUUGCUGCAGGCUCUUGGUGAUAGGAAAGGAAUUCACCGGUUCGGGGAUUUCUCAGCUCCUUUAGAUGAAGCAUUGAUUCACGUUGCCUUGGAUUUAUCAGGGAGACCAUAUUUAGGCUAUGAUUUGCAGAUUCCCACUCAGAGGGUUGGAACCUAUGACACUCAGGUGCUGCGAUUUCAUUUCUUUCGUCUCAUUGCUUUAAUUUGUGUCCUGAAUGUCUAUUAGAUCACAGCACCAAGUGGGUUUUGAUCAUGUAAUUGAGUGCACAUCACCGUGCCUUUCAUUAUGUUAACUUUCUAACUGAUGGUUUUGCUUAUUGCAGUUGGUUGAGCAUUUUUUCCAGUCAUUAGUGAAUACUUCUGGUAUGACACUUCACAUCCGACAGCUUGCUGGAAAGAAUUCACACCAUAUUAUUGAGGCAACCUUCAAAGCUUUCGCCAGGGCUCUUCGACAAGCAACAGAACCUGACCCACGACGCCUUGGGACCAUACCAAGCUCAAAGGGUGUUCUGUCGCGUUCUUGACGAGUUCAUUGUCAUAGUUGAAGCAACAAAUGACUUAAAGUUGGCAUUGUGGCACCCUGAAGCGCUGAAUUUGCAAUGGUUGGUGGUUAUUGGGAGACUUAUCCGCAAUCUGAGCAUGCUUUGGGAUCAAGUACCAGCCAAAGUGCAACUCCAGCCCAGCUACAAAGACUAGCUGUGUGGUCGAAUAUGAAAUCAUGGAACUUUCAUAGGAUUAUUGUUUGUCCUACAUUAGAACUAUUUAUGUAAGCGUAUCUUAUAGAGCUUCUAUGAGGUUUGAGAUUGUAAAACAAAUAGCAGACUUUUUUAUGUCAUUCCAUAAAAUAGCAUGGUUCAAGAAGGCAAAAUAGACGUCACAAUCUGACGCACCAAAUCAUUUCUGAAAUCAUGUACAACCUUUCUCUCCAAUACCCACACUAUGGUAAUCACAAGGAAUAUAAAAACAAAGCUGAGCUAUUUGUAGGGUGAAGUAUAUUCAAUUCUGCAAAUUCACAAAUCCAAUAAAACACCAACAAACAGACGAUUUCAAACUGACAAGCGGCUCACCAUUUUCUUCCUUGCCAUAAACGAGAGAUAACAAACACUUUCUUAGAUCAAGCAUGAGCGAGCCUCUUCACUAUUGUGGCCAUAUACUUGCCCUGGUGUUCUGCAAGUGCCAGCUCGGUUUCACUCGGUUGUCUCGAACCAUCACCAGCAAAAACUCCAGCACCAUAUGGUGAGCCCCCUCGGAUAGAGUCCAUCUUGAACAUACCAGCACCAAAGGUGUAGCCCACGGGAACAAACAACAUGCCAUGGUGAGCCAACUGGGUGAUUGCUGUCCAUGCCGUGGUUUCUUGACCGCCGCCUUGCGUUCCGGUGCUAACAAAGAACCCAGCUGGCUUCCCGGCGAGCUUCUGCUCAUUCCACAAUUGGCCGGUGGAAUCGAAAAACGACUUCAUCUGUGCAGCCAUUGACCCAUACCUCGUGGGGAACCCAAACAGAAUCCCAUCCGCACCAACCAAUUCCGCCGCUGUUAUCUCCGGGAUCGAAGGGUCCUUCGGCGGCGCCUUCAUCUGCUCCAAAACCUCGCUCGCCAGCGUCUCCGGGACCCGAUACAGCAGCGCCUCGACUCCUUCGACUCCGUCCACGCCUGUCUUCAUCCUCCGAGCCAGAAACUCCACGUGGCCGUACAUCGAGUAGAACACGAUGAGUAUCUUCAAUUUCGCGGCGGGAGGAGGUUCAAUUGCGGCGUCUGCGGCGGCCACGACAUGGCUGUUGGUACCGGCGUGGUUCUCGUCGGUGGUGUUCGUCGAAUGGGCCGAUGCGGGGGUGGUUGCGGUGGCAGCGGCGGUGGAGGGGGCCGGCUGAGGAGGAUUGUCGGCGACGGGAGGUUGUUUCUUCUUGCUGGGAACACAGCCGCCGCCCUUCCCCAUUUUGGAGGAUUAACAGAUCUCCGGCUACCCUAAUUCGGAAUCUGGGUAAUGGAGAAUCCGCCACAACCUGCGGCGAAUUUCUGGAUCCGGCGACUUGAGGACAGGAGAUGAAUUAUGUGGGGGAAACUGGAAGUUGGUGGACUGGACUCGACUGGAGAAGAAGAAAAGAAACGAGUAGUUCUUUCUUUUUCCGUUCUUCUCGCUGUGUGUGUGCG